CAAGAAGAAAUUCUAUUUUCGCGACCAGCUGGAAAUGUUUGAUCUUGGAUCGAUCAUACGUUAAUUAUCAACGAAUUUUUGGUAACGGCAGCUACCGUGGAUUUACACUAUGAAUUCUUCUAUUUGCGUACCACUUAUAAAGUGGACAGUUCCGGCGGUAGCUCUUGUCAUCGGUCUCUUUUUGUACAAACGCCGUCGGAUAGACAGAGAUGAACUUCAAUGGAAUGACUCAGGAGGGACUGCAAAAUCAAAUUGUGUAGAAAAAGCAAUUUCAAAUGAUACGCAGAAGGUUGAUACUAACAUUUAUGAUUCCGGCAUCCAGAAUGAGAUCAAUCAGGAAUCCUCAAAUGAUGGCUGCUGUUACAUGCAACAAGAAGAAGAACAAACUUGCGUUUCAAGAAAGGUCAGCGAGAGCAUGAAUGUUCCGUUAACAAAGUCAGCGUUGCUAUCUGCUCUUUGUGAUAGCGUCCAGAGUACGUAUGAAGAAGACGUUGAAACAAUAUACAGCAUGGAAGCAGAAAUUGGCAGUAAUAAGUCGAGUAUAAGCUUAUUUGAAACGAUCGCCACGAACGCAUUCUCCAAGUCUAACAAGAACGAUAACGACGAAUCGAGAAUAUCUCAAAACGUUGCUAAUGAAGAGCAAACUGUGCAUUGCGAGACAAGGUCGCCUGAACAAAAUUAUACGAACGAGUAUAAUUAUAAGGAGGAUGAGCAACAAUCCGAAGGACACGCCAUCAAAACCCAGGGACAAGAGGUUGACGAAAGGGACUCGGCCAAUCAUAGCCCAGUUUCCGUAGUUCUGGACGGUAGUGUCACGGACGAAGCCGGGAGCGAAGGAAGUAACACGGAUAGCGGAAAAGGUGGAAGUAUUAAUGGAUGCAGAAAAGACAACGUUGCACCAUCCACAUAUGAUUUUGCUAUACCGCAACAUCUAGUGGGUAGAUUGAUCGGCCGUCAUGGUAGCUUUUUACACAAUAUUCGUACAAAGGCAAACGUCGGCAUAUAUGUCAAUGAUCAUCCUUGCGAUGGUGAUCAUAAGAUUUGCUCGAUACGAGGCAGUGUUGAGGGAAUUAAUGUCGCGCUUAAAAUGAUAAGGCAAAAGUUUCCGGAGAAAAGGUUCCCGCAAGUAACAUUAACAGAGAUCUCAACAAUAUCCGAGAUGAAUGAAGAAGUUACAUACAAUGUCUUUAUACAACGACCUUUGUCCCUGGUUGAUGGCGUUAAUAAUGACAUUAAUAUCUGUCACAUCGUCAAGCCAAACUGGCUUUUUGUUCGUCUUCCGACUCAUCCGUCAUUUCCCCUUUUGCAAAAUUUGGAAGACAGCAUGCAGUAUUGGUAUAACACAGAAUCGAUACCAGUUCCAGAUGUAUUGAAUAAGGGUGAUUAUGUGGCUGUAUAUUGGAUGGAGAAUUGGGUUAGAGGAUAUAUUGAAUGCCCAGAUCCAUCAGGAGAGAAAAGCGUAGUGCGAUUACUCGAUUAUGGUGGUUAUUGGUCGGUUAACAAUACAGAAUGUAGACCAUUGAUAUUAAAUUAUUUAAGCUUGCCCUUCCAAGCGAUUGAAGUCUUUUUAGCAAAUAUUCAACCAAAAGAUGGUAAAUGGUCGUCAGAAGCUUACAAUGUAGUACAGAAUUGUUCUUCAAAGGGAGUUGCACAAGCGCAGAUUGAAGGUCGUAUUCAAAGCAACACUUAUGCAAAUAUUUAUUUUAUUAUACAAAAUUAUGGGGUAAUUUCACUAACUGAAGAAUUGAUAACAAAUGGAUACGCUGAAAGAGUAGUAUGGGAGGACAUGAAGCCAGAAACGCUUGAAUCUAUAUGUACAUGAGAGUUGUAAAAAACUCUAAAAGUUUCAGAUUUCCUACUGAAUUAUCAUACAUAAUC